AACAAACAGCAACAAUAGCUAUCAAAAUUUGAAAAUCACCGCAAUAUGUUAGAAAUUGAUAAGAUUUUAGAAAAAUGUGGCGAUUGCCACCGUUUGCAGGCUCUCAUGUUGUUGUUAUUUUGCAUCAUCAAUUUACUCUCAUCGAUGCAUUAUUACUCACAGACAAUAAUCAGUUUUACACCCACAUAUUGGUGUGCUUCAGAUACGCCAGAAAAUUUUACACAUCCUUUUCCGGCACCCUUAACGUCUUCCUGUCUGCCGCUGGAAAAUGCCAACACAAAUUCCUGUGCCAGCUAUAACUAUGAAUUGUUUAUGGGUUAUGAAAGUUUUACCAGUGAAUUGGAUUGGAUCUGUGCGAAUGCCUGGAAAUUGACACUGGGUCAGAGUAUGUUUUUUGUGGGCUCAGUGGUGGGUUCUUUGGUAUUUGGCAUUUUAGCCGAUAUAGUGGGUCGUCUACCCAUUUUGAUAGUGGCCAAUAUGGUGGCCAUGAUGGGUAAUAUUUUAACCAUAUUUGGCACAGAGCUGAUAACAUUUUCCUUAUUUCGUUUUAUAUCGGGCUUGGCCACGGAUAGUAACUUUGUAAUGAUGUAUAUUUUGGUUAUGGAAUAUCUAAGACCCUCUUUGCGGACUGUGGGUCUCAGCAUUUGCAUAGGAUUAUUUUAUUGUCUGGGCUCCAUGUCGGCACCCUGGAUUGCCGUGCUAAUGCACAGCUGGCGUGGUUUCCUAUUGGCCACCUCAAUACCUCUCAUUACGGUGCCGCUGUUCUAUUUUGUGGUGCCCGAAAGUGUUCAAUGGCUGAUCUCGAAACAGAAGUAUGACAAGGCGGUGGAGUGUUUGCAACGUGUGGCCAAAAUAAAUGGCAAAGUUGUGGAUGAGUCAAUUUACAAUGAGUUCAUUGAGGAAUGUAAACGUAGUCAGCUGCAUACAAAAGUUGCGCCCAAUUUAUGGGGCCUGUUUGCCACACCACGUCUAAGGCGUAAUACAUUGAUAUUGUUCUUUAAAUCAAUGGUAAUCACUUUGUGUUACGAUGCAGUUUCACGUAAUGUACAAGGUCUUGGCAUUUCACCAUUUGUCAUGUUUACUUUGAGUGCCACCAGCAUUUUGCCAGCUUGUUUGCUUCUAAUUGCUUUGCAAGAUCGUAUCGGUCGCAAAGCCAUGGCAUCCAUGUCUUUGCUACUGAGUGGCAUAUUUAUAUCAUGUACAGGAAUUAUACUUUUUACAAAUGUCCAAAGUUCAUCGGAGCAAAAUGUUGCUUUGGUGGUGGCUCUUUCGGUGAUUGGUCGUUUUGGUGUUACGGUGGCCUAUAAUUCGGGUGCCCAAUAUGCCACUGAACUAAUACCCACUUGUGUGCGUGGCCAGGGUGUGGCUGCUGUCCAUGUUAUGGGUUAUGCUUUUACCUUUUUCAGUUCCUACAUUCUACACACCCGACAGUAUUUUUCACCUUUACCCGAAAUCAUUUUGGGUUUAAUUUCUCUUCUAGGUGGCAGUUUAUGUCUUUUACUGCCGGAGACCUUAAAUCGAACUUUGCCCACUUCUUUGGAGGAUGGUGAGAACUUUGGCAAAAAUGAACGCUGGUUUAUGUUUAGCUUCAUGGAAAGACGCUCUCAAUCUGUGGAUACUUUGGCUCCCUCAACAUCAACAAAUCUACAUCCGGAUAGUGCUUCCUAUUUUUGAAAACAUUUUACCUAUUUACUUACAUAUAUAAAGUAUUAUUUUUAAGGUUUCAUGGAGUACUUUGGAAUUAGUUUAGUACCUAUUUAUUUGUUUGUGAUUUAUUGAAAUUUAACCAAAGAAAUAAAGUAGUAAGAAAUUAAGAAAUUAAGACAAUCUGAAGAAAA